AUGAAGACGGCAGUUAGGACUCGACCGCCAAAUUCGUGGCUAGUCUGUGCUGUCCUCCUCCGCGACCUAUUCGUGACAAUCCUACUCUCUUGCCUCAUCACCGUCGGUCUCCUACAUUGCAUCUGGCUGUACCUCAGCCUCUUCUUCCCCCUGGCAUUGCCCACCCCGACUCCCUGUGAACUCGCAUCAUCCCAGACAAUAUUAUCACGACUCGUUUUGCCCCUGGCAGUCACCGUCGACCUCGCUCCCCUGCAGAGCGCCAUCGCCUCGUUGACCUACGCUGAUGUUUUGAGGGUCACAACUGGAUUCACGUUGGUCAUCUUCGCGGCCGUCGAACUGGCCGCUUUUCUUCGUAACGACCAAACAACUCAUCCGAUUACGGAUGUAGAGUAUGGAGCGAAAGCACAUUGGACCACUGAAAAACUCCCUCCGGAGAAACCAUACAUCGUCCUCGACUUGGAUCACUGA